AUAAUGCUCAUAUUUUCUUUAGGUGUUGAAAGAUUGGUCCUAAAAAGAAUUAUCCAAGAGUUCGUUCACCUAUUCUCACUAGAGCUCUUGCAAGGAAGAUGGCUGACGAAGCUAAUUUAGAGAAGGUUGCUUUGGAAAAUCGUGUUGAAAAUAUGGAAAAUACUUUGAAGGAAUUGAUGGCUUCCUUCCAAUCUCUUCAAGCAACCUUAGUCACAAGGGCACCUUUGACAACAAGUCCCUUGUUUGAAGGAAAUGUUUCUAUGCCAAAUCUCCCUAUCGCCACAUCUACUCUUGGAAAGGAGCCAAUGUCAUCUUGCCCACCAAAUCCAACUAUUGGUGGAACUUCUAGGACAAAGCCAUUUGUUCUAAAUGCUGGUGUUGCUACAGUUCAAUCUAAUGAUCAAGAAGAGACUCAAGUUGUCAAGUCAAUCACAGCGGAUGAAGACAAGGCAAUUAAAGCGAAGGUGCAGUUGAUGGAGGAAACACUAAAAUCGAUGCAAGGUGUCCAAACCAAUAAACCGGUUGACAUCUCAUCUUUGUGCUUUUUCCCAAACAUUCAAUUGCCCCAUAAGUUUAAAUUGCCUGAGUUUGAUAAGUACAAUGGCACUGGUUGUCCUUAUGCCCACUUGAUGAUGUAUUGUAGGAAGAUGGCUCCUUAUGCCAAUGACGAGAAGCUAAUGAUACAUUACUUUCAAGACAGUCUGACAGGUCCUUCAGAUGCUUGGUUCUCAACUUUAGACAAGAGUAAAGUUAAGAGUUGGCAUGAUUUGACUCACAACUUUAUGAAGCAAUAUGAAUACAAUACAUCAUUAGCUCCUAGUAGAGAGGAUCUUCAAAAGAUAGAAAAGAAACCAAUUGGUGUUGUGGGAAAACAACUGGAGGAUGAGAUCAAGUCUGGAAUUAUCAUGGAUUAUCAAGCAAUGAAGAGUCUCCUUGAACAAUACCAAAAUGAUAGUUCAAGGGUUUCUAGUUCAAAGAAAGUGGGCCAGAAUCAAAAGAAGGAGAAUGAGAAUAGCACUAUAAGUUCAGUUUAUGAGGCGCAUAAUCAGUCACGGGGGCAGUUUAACAAUCGGUUCCAAGCUCCAACUUAUCAAUCAACGACUUUCACAAGUCAAUCAAGGCCCGUUUAUGCCUCUUGGACAAGUCGUCCACAACAAGAGAAAAAGAGACGCUAUUUUGAUAAACUUCCGAUGUCAUAUACUGAAGUGUUUCGACAGUUGAUAGCAGCUAGGCUUGUUACCCCUGUACCUAUGGUGCCAUUAAAUCCACCAUUUCCAAUAUGGUAUAACCCACAAGCAAGAUGUGAAUACCAUAGUGGGGGUGUUGGGCAUGACCUUGAAAAUUGUCUUGCUUUAAAGCACCAUGUCCAAGAUUUGAUAGAUGUAAAGGAGUUACAAAUUACAUCAGAACCUGAGGUUGUUGGUCCAAAUAUCACUAAAAACCCUUUACCCACACAUGAUGGUCCAAUGGUUAAUAUGAUCGAGAAAGAUUCCGAUAAAGGUCAUGAGGUGACUACGUCAACAAAUAAUGAUGGUUUGAGCACUUCUUUUGAGAAGUUGAGCAUAUGUGUCAUUGGUGAAGGAAGGGGCGAUGACAAGCUUACUCUACCUACUCAUGGUGAAGCUUUAGACAACAAGACAGUAGAGAUUCUUCCUGUUCCUAUCAUUAAACUGUAAGAUGUGUCAAUCUUCUUAUGGUUGAGCUUGUGACCAUGAGGAGAGAUGGUUAAAACAAGCCUUCUAUAUUUUAUGAAGCAUUGUAGGCGUGACAAAUAGUGUUCCAUUUAGUUCAUUUCAAUCAAUGAUGUUACUUUCA